UACUAGAUUUUUUCCUAUUACUAUUAUUUGUGCAGUCUAAAAGAGUCCUGCUGACCUUCAGUGGCGUUCAUCUGGCCACCACGCAGCUGUUCAUCAACAUGCAAGGGUUCUACUCCAGGCUAGACUCCUCUCCGCUGCUGGGUGUGGCCCUGGGGAGAGAAGGCACCCCUGUUCCCCUCAGCUUGGCCGUGGAGACCGAGAAGGCCCAGGCCCUCUUGCAGACGUUCAGCUCCGCCUCCCUGCUGGCGUCGGCGGGCCUGGGCCUGUUCUGCGUGGCGGCCGAUCAUGCCCUCCAACUUCCGCUCAUCCAGCAUCACCUGUGGUUGCGUGCCGCCCUGGACAACGGGACGCACGCCGUCGUGGGGUUGUGGUCCUGGGCCGUGGUCAUCGGGCUCCGGAAGAAGAGCGACGUCUACGAGGUGCUGCUGGCGGGUCUCCUGGCGUCCAUCAUUGACUUGGACCACUUCUACAUGGCCGGCUCGCUGUCAAUCAAGGCCGCCGCCUCUCUCCCUCAGCGUCCUCCCCUACACUGCUCCUCCAUCAUCCCCAUCCUGUGUUUGUCCCUGCGCUUCCUCAUGUGGCUUGGACGCCUCAAAGAUGCCUGGUGCUCGUUGCCGUGGAUGCUCUUCAUUUCCAUGGCUACGCACCACGUGCGGGACGCUGUGCGCCGUGGCCUGUGGGUUUGUCCUUUGGGGAACACGGCACCGCUCCCCUACUGGCUUUAUGUUAGCACCACAGCGACGCUUCCUCACCUGUGCUCCGUGCUCAUGUACCUGACUGGAACCAGAGACGUCAUCUCCACCAAACAUGGAGUCGCCAUUGAUGUGUAGACCCCGUUGGGCUGGUGAGAUGGAACAAACGAAUGGAUGGGAGGGAGGAACUGCAAACAAAAUCAGAAUAAAGGAGUGCCAAUCACAGCAACUUUUACUUUCCUCACUUAAACACGUGGUGGUUUGUGCAUAUUCGCCUCAAUGAUAUUUAUUUGGUAGUGACUACGUAAUCACAACUGCACUGUCUCUCAAGUAUUUAGACAGGCAAAAUGUCUUAAGGCGUGUCGAUAUUCUUCAGCAGACUUCAGUUGCACAUGCUUCAUUCGAUUCCUUUUGCGCACAACGGCUGUAUGUUUCAAUAUUUCACAAGGCUAGCGUCAUUUGUUGAGGUUUAUGUUUCAUUUGAAAUGUGAAACCACCUUAUUUAUUACACUGAUGAGCAAAAUGUGUACUAUAAUACGGAUUCAUUACUAUUUUACAUCACGAUUGAACUAAUGAUGUUUACAAUUUUUUUUUGUGGCGACAGUGUUUGAAUGUGACUAGCUUGUCCUAAGUUUUGCUUCUGUCGAAAAAAAGCCCACUAGAUGGCGACAAAGAACCUAAACAUUCAAUUAAAUUGUAAAUAACACCAUUCUAAAGACGUUUUAAUGAAAAUGAUAUAGGUUGUGUAUUUCUAUUGUUUGCAGCUGUUUUGUACAAUGAUUUUUCAUCUUAUGAUUUCAUAAGAAUUAGUUGUCAUUUCUGUUUUAUAUUUAUAUUUGUGAAUUAUUUUUUUUCGGGUCAGCACAGUUUCUGUGGACACGCACUGAAACUUAAACAGUUUUUCCCAGAAAAAUAAAAUAAAAAACUUGUUUCGUCUUAUGCCAAACCACUUAUCACCCUUUUCAUCUUUUAAUCUUGAAGCCUGUUUUGUUUCAUUUUCACUGUGGAACUCAAAACUCAAGUUUCGUUGUCGGGGAGGAAAAAAAGCCAAACAAUACAAUGUAAUGCGCUAACAUUUCAAUCACAAUAAACAACUUUCUGAA